GCACUUUGUUUUGCGACUUUUUCUUCGUUUCGCGUGUCGCUCUCUGCUAUUGCUAUUGAUAACACUACUACUACUACUACUACUGCACCCUAACCUCGAACAUCAACCCCAUAAUGAAGAUUAACGACACACUACCGUUUUCGGAACAAUCCCAAUUCUCGUUUCCAAUGUUUCAUUCGAAGAAUUUGAAAAAACAAGCAAAACAGAUCACUUGGUGUCCAACACAAGAUCUUGCUGCCAUUGUCUUUGCAGACAACACGAUCGCGUUGUGCAGGGAUGGAUGGUUUCCGAUUUGGGAAAUGAAUGCAUCCGAUGGCGCCGAUAUUACUGCUUUGGCAUGGAAUCCGAACGGUGAAGAGUUUGCUAUAGGAUUCUCGAAUGGCACUGUGCGACGUGUAAACGCAACGUGUGCUCAACCAAAAUGGAUCGUGUACACGCUACCACCGAUACCGUCAUCAUCAUCAUCAUCAACAACAACUUUGUCAACAAGUACAAAGUCGUCGUCUUCUUCUCGGUCCGGAAACUUAAAGAUCACGUCGCUCGCUUGGACUCAUUUUCCUCGGAAAGAAGAUAAACCUGUGGAUACGAUGUAUGGAUUUGAUCCAAAAGCGAUGGAAUUCACCAAUGGUAUUCCUGCCCUUAAAAUGGAACCACCAGACGAACCAGCACCGCUCGCUCCUUUCAUGAAGCAAAAGAAGCCUCCACUUCCUGAUCAGCCUUCAAAAGAAUCCGAAGACAAACACACAUUAUUACUUGUAGGCGAUAAUCAUGGUCGAGUACAUCUCAGUCUUAAUGGUACUUACCACAUAGGCACCAUGAGCGUUCGAGCUGACGGCAAAGCAAAAAACAAAGAACAUACGGUGGUUUCCACCUGUACUGGACCCACAUUAUCUACUAUCCAAGUGCUUGUUCAGAAAUCACCCGAAAAACGUGAUAUGCUUUCUAUGGACUCGAGCAUUUUACUCUCAAAAAGAAACGAGUUAUGCAAUAUUGCAGAGGAACAAAAACAUGUGGAUUUCCUUUUACGAUACAUCAAUCAGUGCGUAAACCUAUUAAACAAGCAUCAUACAACAAUUCGCAGGCUUGCUGAACAAAGCUCGGGUGAAAUAUCACGACUUUUGCUUGAACGAAAUAGUGAGACGGAUCCUAUGCCGCAAAUCGAGCUUCUAGGAUUAAUUGCAACAGGGAACACAAGUGAACCGGUACAUGCUUAUUUUACCCAAUAUUUGACGGAUCAGCAAGUCAAACGGUGGGAAAGUCGCUCUCAUCAAAGCUACGGAAACCUCCAGAGACUCGUAAAUGAGUACCUGGAACCCGCCUGUUCUCGUCUCUUACAUCGUCUGAAUCGUCUUAGAGGAUACAGUUUAUGGACAGAGCGUUAUUCCGAGCUGCUAGACACAAGUGUAAUUGAUGCGUGCAUCGAUACAGCCCAACUAUUGUUAAAACGCCUAAUCUUUUAUCGGAUAUCUGUUGAUAAGGUGUGCUUAGAGUUUCGCGAAUUCAUCAAAUGGACUUUACAUAUGAUUGAAAAGUUAGCAGAUCAGAACGGUGGGGAAUAUCAAAAUCAUCCAGAUGCUGUAGCCUAUGAUCCAUGGUUGGUAGUCAACUUUAUCAAGAAAUCCUUUGCAACAGAUGGUUUGACCGAAUAUUUCACUGUAUACCCUGGCAUUGAACGCUCAGAUGAACGCUGGAAACAUACAGGCUUCUUACAGCUUGUUAAUACGUUGACUGAAAUGUGUAAUACUAUGCUGGAUCGCCCAUCGAGUAUAAUCAGUAAUCAGACAAGUAUACUACAAAAAAAUACUGUGCAGUUUAAAGACCAACCAAUCCAAAGGAAAAGUGCGCGGUCCUUUGCUUCUUGGGUAGCUGAAGAAGAGGCCAUCCAAUUUUAUGCAUUUGCAAGAGAAAAUGAUCGAGGGACUAUCUUAACCGUCGUCAAGAAAUCUUUGAAGGAGCCGUACGAUGUGUCCUAUGCAUCAGGCCGUCUAGAAAAUGUACUGAUACAUGAUAUCGAAUUUUUGGAUUCUCAAGAGUUGGGAUUAGUUAUUGAAUCUGUACGAGCUGCACGGUCGUUCCUAGCUACCACUACCUAUCCAGAUCUCAGCUAUACAACUCCUAAAACAGAUGUUUUAGUCUUGGGGGACACUCUAGCAAGGGUAAACUAUUAGGGUGUCAUUGUAAUCCAAGAUGUGACAAAAACCGUGCUAACGCUUUUCUACCUCCUCGCGACAUAUUUUCUAGGUACCUAUUGCGCGACAUAUGGAGCUCGCACGAGUAUCCAAUGUGGUAUUUGGAUCCAACGGUAGACCGCGGCGUCGGAUCAUGGAAGCCGUUGGAUCCAACAAAAAAACAUAUAUUUUUCUUAUGGAUAAAUAAAAAAUUGCCACUACAAAUUGAUUAUAAUGUACUGUAAUACUAUUUGCGAAUAUUUUCGAAGCAAACUAUAG